AUGGCUACUGCUGCCAAAAAGGCGGAAACUUGUGGUGGAGGAUCAAUAAACAGCCUACCAGAUGAGGUUUUGGGUCAGAUCCUGUCUUUUGUCCCUACGAAACUUGCUGCUUCCACAUCAGUUCUCUCAAAGCGGUGGAGGAAUCUGUUGCCACUGGCACAAAACCUUGAUUUCGAUGAGUCUGCCAACAGAGGAUCAACAGCUAGUGGCCGUGGCUUCCUUGAUUUCGUGGAGAGAACCCUUGUAUCGAUGGGUGAUUCCCCCAUCAAGACAGUCUCUUUGAGAGGGAUAUCAUAUAUAGACGAUUCUCGGUACAACCAUCUGGUCGGCAAUGUGCUGGGACGUGGAAUCUUGGAACUACACUUGGCAUCAUCAUGCAUACGAUAUAUAGAGCCUGAGUUCUUCUUCAGCAAGACAUUGGUCAAACUCACUCUAUCCGAUGGAUAUAAUGACCAAAACAAACCUUUUCCGGGCGGUGUGCUCUUCCCUGCACUCAAAAGUCUCUCUCUCAUUCGGGUGUGGUUUGAUGAUUUUUUAUAUGGUGAUGAUUUGUAUGAGUGCCUCCUCUCCAGCCCUUUGCUUGAGGAAUUCAACAUAUGUGAUGAUGAUCCUCUUCAAUCGGGUUGUUUAAAACGUGUGCGGAGCUCAUCAAUCCAGAGAAUAUCCCUUUUUCACCGUUGUCAUGAUCGAGAAGCCUGCAGUUGGGUUUUAUUUGAGACGCCCAAUCUUGUGUACCUUGACUACUCUGGCUAUGUGGCAGAAAAUUAUGUUGUUGAAUUGGAUUCGCUUGUCGAGGCUAGACUGGAUCUUGUAUUGUGGAAGCAUAAUGAUUCUGUCCCACCACUGUAUGAUUCUACAACUUGGGGUGAUGCUUGGGGUGCAGACAAACUCAUUGCAGCGAUUAGCAAUGUUGUGACCCUUCACCUGUCUGCUGAUUCUCUCGAGGUGUUUUAUUGCUGCUCUACAUCUAUGCCCGAGUUCAACAACCUCGCUAAGUUAUCUUUUGAGAGCCACAAGGAACGCCACUGGCAAGUAUUGCCACUUCUGCUCGAGAAUGCUCCAAACCUAGAAACUCUAGUCAUCAAGGGUCUUGUGCACAAGAUUACAAAGGGAUGUGGGGAUGUAUGCGUUUGCGAACGUGUGACGAAGAAGAGGAAGAAGCAAAGUUGUUUAUUGUCGUGUCAAGUGAAGGUUCUACAGAUUUAUGAGUACGGAGGAAGUUGUAGAGAGUUGAAACAGAUGAGACAUUUCAUGGAGAAUUUGAGGUGUCUUGAAGUUGUGAAAGUUAAGCUUCAGGUGGAUAUGCAAGAGAACUCGUCACUCACUGACAAACUACAGAAGCUCUUCCAUACAGCUUCUUCCAAGUGCAAGAUCCAAUUCAUUUGAUUAUCUUCCCAUUUGAGUUGUUUUCUUUUCUUUGGAUUCUCAUUCUACUUUGAUGAAAGAUCAAUGCUAUGGAAGUUGUUUGAUAAAUGAUUAUUUAAAAUCCUUGAAGACAGGUUAUAUUAUUAUUCAUAAGCUUGAUUUGAGAUUUUGAUCUUCAUGUGCAU